AUACAUAUAUAUGUGUAUAUAUAUGUAUAUAUACAUACAUAUUUUCUUACUAAUUUUUUAGUGAGAUCAUUUUAUUCUCACUGAUUUCAUUCUCGAUCUUUUUUUAAACAAACAUAUUAUAUUUCCUGCCAAACGAACAAGUAUGUGUCUGACUUAAACAUAUUUCUACAAUAAUUAAUUAAACUGAAAUUAAUUCCUUAAUAUAUUUAAGAGACUUACUCUGUCUUAUAUACGCACUUUUUUGUGUAAAUUAUAAUUGCCACGUUUUACGAACUCACAAAGAAUACUAAACACACAUAACACAUUAUAACGCCCGUACAUAUUAUUUCCACGUGUAGAUUUAUUUUGAAUUUAUGUACGUUAUGAAAGUAAAUGUUAUGAAAAAUGUUCAAAGAUAUCAAUAUACACUUAAUGGAACCAUUCAAAUAUUCUUCUAACUUGCACACUAUAACAAAUUCUUUCCUUUAUAUGUUUUCCACAAAUUUUCCUAGUCUGUCACUCAAUUUUAAUUUUUCUUUUUAAAUUAAUAUGCCCUAAUUAUUAAGCUUUUUUUCAACAAACUAUAUACUUUAUUAUUAAAGUAUAGAAAACAUAUUUCGCAUUCUAAGGUAUCUUUCGACACAUUAGACUCUGCGGAAAUACGAUGCAAAAUUAAAAUAACAAUCACGACCGUGCGAACGCAUUCACGCAUACAAAUACAUCACUUAAUAUUUCAUGUCAUGUCGGCUAUAGUUUAUAUAGGCUUACGAUUCAUUUAAAUUCAGGAUAUCCUCUGAGACGUUCUCCACAACUUGAAUAACGUAUAUUUUCUUUGUCGUUAUUUUUGACUGGUAAUAUAUUAUUAUAAUAUUUCUUCACGAACAGCGCGGUUUAUAAUGUGCAUAUGUACUGUAACAACAGUAUAUCCUUGAGGAGGAAUUAAAAAAAAAAAGGAGCUUAGGCUUAACUAAAGAAGUUAAAGGUUUCAUCCGGAUUAGGAUUUCCGUGAUUAAUAAUUCUCACGAUCAAACAUAUUCGAAUUAUAAAUCUAAGUAACAAAUUUCAUAAUGAUCAUAAUAAUUAUAAAUCAAAGAACUUCAGUAUUACAAUGCUCCUUCUAAACUGCUAUCUCUUCUACAGCAAGUGCUCAAAUUUUCGAAAUUGAUCCUGGUCUGAAGUGUAUUAAAAAUUUCUAAAGUGGAUACAUUAUUAGAGCAAAUCACUACAAUCUAGUAUUCAUAAAAAUAAUAUACCAUACUUAUAAUUAAAGGGUUUAGUUGAAAAAAGUACAGGCAUUAUUUUCAAAAAUAGUUUCUGCCAAUAGUUAAUAUAAAAUUUUUUAGAAAAAUUAAUUUUUUCAUUUUAUAAUACUGUAACAUGUUUAUGUAUAUCUGUUUUUUACUAGGCCUCUUAAUUUUUAUAAAUCAUUAAAACGUGAUAUGUAUUUCCUCAAAAUUACUUCAUCUUCUGAAAUACACUUUCCGGAAUUCUAGAGAAUUAAAUCUUGUUCCAUGUGAAGAGAUCUCGAAGAUCUAAAAGAAGGAUAUUGCGUGAGUAAUAGUAAGUGCUGAAAGAGAGAAAGAUAUAAACGGGGGUCAGAUCAGGGAGAUACGAAAGAAAAGCGAGGAACGGUUUGAGGAAAAAGGAGGAACGAAGAGAAAGUAAGAAAAGAUGUAGGAAGGGUUCAGAAGGAGGGAGCACAGGUGCGGCCGGUACGUCCGGAGCACCUCUCCAAGCAAAGCAAUGCUGUCCGCCGCGCAACGGAGAGAAGUCCUCUUUUCCGCUACGUUCCAGCCGGUUACGAUUAUUUCGAGCAUCUUGUGACUCGUUUCGGUUCUCUCCAACAGGUUGCUCCUAUUCGGUUCGGAUCAGCGGGACGUGCUUGAGCACGCGCGUCUUCUAUAGUCAGUGAAAUUCAAGAAGGGCACACCGCAUCCCUGCAUACUGAUAAUUUCGCUGUUGCACGAGUUUCGUGUUGAACGUGUGCGCGACAGUUUCCCUCAGUCGUGCCAGAGAUGGUGUACCACUGAUAAUGAAGUAGUUAGCCGGUGAACGGUCCGAUGAAUCACUGUCUCGUGUCCUGUUCUACCUGCUUCGAAACAGUAUGAUAGACGAUUGACGUUUGUUAGUAACAUUGGUUCUAAACAUUUGACUUUUCGAUGAAUAACAGAGUGAAUAUAAGAAACUCAGACUAAAGUAUCACCUGACUCGUCCUACUGCAAUAGAUGCUAACAUAGAUACAAUGAAGAAACUUUGCACAAUAUUUUUGUUAGUAUGCUUGUCUAUUGCUCAACCACCUAAUGAUUGUGAUCCAAAUUGGCACUCGUUGGAGACUGAUGAAUCUGCCAGAUUAGAAUGCGGAGAGGCUUUUAAAAACCGUUGUUAUUGUAGAAAGACGUGUUAUGAGAACCGUCAUCAGUAUGUUGUUAAUUGCACCGACUCUAAAUUCCGUAAUGCGGAACCAUUGGCGCAUUUGCCCAAUGAAACGCAGGUCCUCAUCUUCACGGGAAAUUAUUUGGAGGAACUACCCUGGAAUGUGUUCGGUACAUUGGAUAGCUUUCCUGACCUGCGAGUGAUUGACAUGUCAAAUAACAAAAUCAGAGAAAUCCGAGGGAAAGCAUAUCACCAUGUUCAACGCGUUGAGCGCCUCAUUCUUGACUUCAACGAGCUGUCUUUGGACCCUGAAAGGAGUCAUCCCAGAGUCUUCUCUAAUUUUGUUUCACUAUUGGAACUUCACUUAACUGAUGCAUUUGAGGAUGAUAGAUUAGAUAGACCUAGAGACCUGGCAGCUACAUUGCAUGACAUUUUUGUGAAUAGCAAUUUAGUGAAAUUGAUGAAGCUGCAUCUGGAACAAAACGAGAUCUCGGAGUUCCGAGAUCCUAACGUAUUUUGUGAUCUUCCAAGCAUACUGGAUCUCUACCUCGGCGAUAAUGCGCUCACUGCUUUACACUUCAACAUAUCAUGCUUGCCGAAUUUGCGAUUUUUGGAUCUUCAACGCAACAAAUUCACCAAAGUACUCGAGCACGAUCUUCGUGCUAUGGAUGCAAUCGUUGAGCACAAUAAAAACAUAGCGGUGGAUUUAACUGGAAAUCCACUAGAGUGCUCAUGCAAACUGAAUCCCUUCAUUAAGUGGAUGAACAAGACCAAAGUGUUUAUUCGUAAUAAGGACAACUUAAAAUGUUACGAAGAUGAAAUGCCACAUGAGUUUCAUGAAGUGAAAAGUUGUAAAGUGAAAUUGUUUUCAUCGGCCCCGCAUGGUGCGACAAUUUUAUUGUUUUUCUUGUCACUGGUGCUGAUAGGACUAGUGUGCGCUUUAAUUUACGUACAACGUGCGAAACUGAAGAAGAAAAUUGAACCAAUACUGGAUUCGGUUAAUAAAAGGGUGCGAUACACUUCGAUAGCAACCGGCGAAGUCCGCGAAGAUUCUUUGCGAGGGCGACAAAAGAUAUACAAGAUGUCAAUAGCCAAACAUCUUCAUUUAGAUGAAGUUGUCGCAUCGUUCCCAGAAUUGGGGCCCACACUUCCCGAUGGUGGUUACUCAUGGGUGGUUCUCUGUGGAGUAUGUCUGGUCCAGAUGACUAUUCCCAGUAUAUUGCCUAUGUACGGUGUGGUGUUAGGAUUUAUGAAUGAAGGCACUGGUUUAGAUGUAUGGAGUGAAAAAAUUAUCCUGACGCCAGUGCUAUUCAUUGCUUUUUGGAAUUUAGCUGAUCCUUGGACGAGAAUGAUAGUCGGCAUGGCGUCAAUCCCACGUUUGGUAGGAUUAAUAGGAGUAAUUCUCCUGACAGUCGGUAUAAUAGCAACUGGAUAUCUCGCAACAGGCGGUGUUGGAGCAUAUUUAGCAAGUUCCAGUGCAGGUGCAGUGAUGGGAAUAGGUGCCAGUUUUGUAGUUUUAUUAAGUGACUACGUCUUAAGGAAAAAUUUCAGAAAAAAACUUCUUUUGGCUCUAACAUUGAAAAAUGUUGCAACGUCUGUUGGGCUCAUCCUAAUUCCCAACAUCACAGGUUUACUGCUGCACAGAACAGGGCUAAAAUUUGGCUUAUUACUAAUGACCAUGGCAAUGUUACCUACAGCUUUUGGUACAUUAACUUUCCGUUUACCGUCUUCAAAACAAACUUCCCCUUACAGUCUUCUCUUGUCUGAAGAGGACAACGAAAUUCCCAUAAGCAACUCCCCAGAUAUUCCUGAGAACAGCCAUGAAUUAACUUGCCAACGCAAACCUGGAAGCCAGGAUUAUGGAGAAGUUGAAGACAAAGCACACGAAGAUGCAUUGUUUAGCGAAGGAAACUAUAUGUAUGCCUACCAAGAGCCAGAUGAUGAUGUAGAUUUGUUUGUGAGUCCACUUCAUCCUUCGGAUAGCAAGUGGAAACACCAACUUGGUCUAGUUAAAAACUUGCGGUUUUGGAUGGCUGUUGUUGGUUGGGUUGGAAUGAAGGUGUGCAUUCUCUUCUUUUGGAUAUUGCUGCCUGUGAUAUCUUCCACAGCUGUAAGAGGCUAUUACGUGCAUGCACCCCUGUGCACGAUGGCUGGAUUCGGCACCUUACUACCAAACAUUGCCAGUUACAAAAUAUUACAAUUGACAAAUCAUAAUAGAAGAGUAUAUUUCGGAUUGGCAGCUUGGUUUUGUGCCGUCAUUCUGAUAGGUUUAACGUACGCAAAAGGAUCCACAAUCGUUACGAUUUGGGCUCUUCUAGGUGGUAUCAGCAUUGGCAGCUUAACGAGCUGUCAGGAUUUAGCUUUGUAUGAUAUUCUGGGCAUUGAAAUUAUGCGUUCAGUUAACAAGGGAUUGUCCACUAUCGUUGGUCUAUGUAUACUAAUCUUCAGUUUCAUACACAGUAUAAAUUUUUGUAUGAAUGUUACAUCAGCUUUAUUAUUUUUCGGUGGACUCUAUUGGCUUUCGUCGCCGGUUUUGAGUUUCAUGAAAUCCACGAGAUACAGACCAUCCCGUGCAGCGAAUGUGUAAUUCACACAAAAUUCUACGAUACAGUAUUACAAAGAACAUGAAUUUUACAUUGUACCUUAAUUUAAUGGUAUUUACAUAUGUAUGUAUAUAUGUACGUAUAUAUAUGUAUUUAUAAAGCUACACAUAUAUACAUACAUGUAUUGAUCACAAAUCACAACAAUCUGUUUUCACGAAUCCAUCUAAGAAUAAAAAUAGUAUAUAUAAAAUCGUAAAAAUAGAUGUUUUUUAGAAAUUAAAAAAUAGGCUUCGGAUAUUGCUUAAUAUAAAAGGAAUAAAUAUGCUGCAUUUUACAAUAGUAUCUCAAAUGAUUGUUACUUAUUUUUCUUAAUUGUAAAUAUAAUAAAUUCUUGGUAAAAUGUUA